AUGGAUGUCUGGGGGGAGAGAGAUAGUCCUCUCAAUAAAUGGAGUUCUAAUUAUCAGGACUUCAGAUUGUUGUGGUUGGACUUGCUUAGCAGAUUGGAUGUUGUGCAGCUAGAUCAAGUGACUGCUAUUCUACAUAAGAUUUGGGCUAGAAGAAAUUGUUUUGUUUUUAAUAACAAAUUUAAUAGCCCACUUGCUUUAGUUAGAUCAGCAUUGAAUGACAUAGAGGUUUAUCAUGAAUUACAUCUGAGCUUAUCAACUGAUGCAGAUAGACUACCUCGACAUAUUGCUGACAUGGGAUGGAGACCACCAUCAGAUCCUUACUACAAGUUAAACUUUGAUGUUGUUUCUUAUUCUGAAAAGAGGUUGAUGGGUAUUGGCAUUGUGGUAAGGAACAGUAGGGGUGAGGUUUUGAUUGUGGCUUCUGCUCCAAGAAGUCAUAUUUGUUCUGCAUUUUCUAGAGAAUGCUAUGCUCUUUUAAGAAGCAUUAAAUUGUGCCAAGAGAUGUGUUUACACCAAGCGGUCUUCGAGGGUGAUGCUAAGGCAUUACUUGAGAGUGUUAAUGGUUAUAAUAAUAACUAUUCUUGGCAAGGGUAA